GGUAUUUUGAUCUCUCAUUAAACAUUGGACGCUGUUCAAGACUUUUUAUAAAGUUCUAUUAAUCACUUUUGUAAAUACUAUAACUAUGUUCGGUUUACUGUAUGAAUAAAAUGAUUCGUAGGUAAAGAAAGUAGGAGCCUACAGAUUAUUCAAGGACAACCCAGUUAUGUUCUUGCGCUUCCCAAUACUCUCACACGAAAAUUAGAGAUUGUCCAUUCCAAAUUACCACCGCCUGUUGAUAGAAAUAAUCAAAGAAAGUGUGCCGGCAUGUUUGUCUAUUUGUACCAGCUGAUGUGGCGGGUAUUGCAUAUACUUGUCAACGUAUAUGAAAUAUUACAUUUUCUGUUUUUGCGGUUUCAAGCCAUAUUACUUUGGUCAUAUGACCAACAGUACAAUAGUACGACGAUAACACGCCGCGACCGCGCAUUUCUACAACGCUGCAAAACUGAACUAACCAAAUUGCCUCGACAUUUAAACAUAAUCAUUGGCACUGAUCCACUUGCGAGAGUUAAUGAAUCAGUUGUUGCACGCAUUUUAUCGUAUGCACAAAUAAUUGGUAUUGAUUGCGUCAGUUUAUAUGAUGUCCGUAGUGAAUUAAAUGGACAGAUUUUAAAAGAAAACUUGUGCAAGUCAAGCAAAUCGUAUUGGAACGAAUUGCAGCAUAACCACUUCGAAUGGGGAUUGGAUGUUUAUACACCAGAGACAAAGGAUCUGAAAACAAAUGGAUGCAUGACGAAUGGUGUACGCAGUGAAAAUGGCAGCUCUUGCAAUGGGGAUGUGUAUCAAAAGAAAGCGCCGGCAUAUUUAAAAAUUUAUAACAUCAGCGGCAUAGACAACCGAUCGCUGAUAGCAAAGAUCUGUCGUGAACUAUUCGAACAACGUGAAAGCGCCAAGGUGCAAAGUUUACUAGCCGAUCGCAAACAACUAGAACAACACAUUAGUGAUGAAUUGGCUAAGCAUAUACAAUGGAGUUGUGUAGAUCCCGAAUUGAGCAUAAUAUUCAACAGAGACAUCUGCACUUUCGGUAUGCUUCCUUGGCAGACACGAUUCACCGAAUUCCACACCUUUGAGACUGGUCGCUAUGUGAACGUAGAAAGUUUUGUUAAAGUGCUAUAUAAAUAUUCAAAAUGUGAACAGCGUUGGGGGAAAUAGGUAUUUAAAAUAGGGAAAUAACUGUGCAAGGGCUUUAACUGGGAUGGGGGUAAAUCAAUUAUAAAAUGUAUAGAAAAAUGUGUGCAAUAUUUCAAUAACAGUUUGUAUGCUUAUUCUAAUUCGAUUUGAUUGUGCACACGUUUUCGUAUUAUACAAAGAAUAUUUAGUAUUUAUGGAAAUUACAUUUUAAUACAUACAGUUUACUCUUCUGUUUAUGAGCUAAGUUAAAUGUCUAGAAACAAAUUGAAUCACAUUUUUGUCAAGGUGCAAAAAAAUUCCUUCGAAAUAGAAUUAUGUAUUUUUAUGGAAAAGAAAUGGAUUACAUGCCGAAUAUGUAUUUGUAAAAUACAUGCGUAUGUAAUAUAUAUGAA